GUGAGGCCAACAGCGAAGUGGAUGCCCAUUUUCACAACUGGGCUACUACAUGUCCAAAACCAAGCCACUGGAUAAUCUUCCUUUCCACCCAGAUACAACUCCACGCCACGCUACUGUUCAGCAAACAACUUGGACAACCAACAGUUAGGAGUAAUAUUCUGUCCCCCUCUUUGCAACUGGGACUUUAAUUUUUUCGAAGAUUCAAUUAAAUUAUAAAGCAAGAAGCUUCGAAGGUAGAAAGCAAGAAAGGCCGUGCUUCUUUAGGCCGAAGAUAUGCUUCGAGAAUGUGGAGGGAAAUCAGAGACAGAGAAGCGGGCAAAACCCGCCCCAAUUCAUUCAGGAACCGGGUCAGUUCCUCCAGGAUCUCUAAUCUUCAACUCUCCAAUUACAAAGACGUUGUCUCCCCUCACAGAGGUUCCAUCAACUCUCUUCAGGUUGAUUUGACAGAGGGGAGAUACUUAUUAUCCGGGGCAUCAGAUGCAUCAGCUUCUGUUUUUGAUAUUCAACAUGCCACGGAUUUUGAAGGGGGAGGAGAAGGAGCUCUUAUUGCCAAGCACAAGUCUUUAAUUAAUAUUGACAAGCAACAUCAAAAUGGUCAUAAAUUUGCCAUAUCUUCUGCUAUUUGGUAUCCAAUUGACACGGGCCUAUUUGUUACUGGUUCUUAUGAUCAUUAUAUUAAAGUUUGGGAUACAAAUUCCACCCAGAUGGUUAUCAAUUUCAAAUUGCCUGGAAAAGUGUAUAGAACUGCAAUGUCUCCGUUGGCAACUUCUCAUAUGUUAAUAGCCGCUGGAACUGAAGAUGUUCAAGUUCGACUCUGUGAUAUUGCUUCGGGGGCAUUUGCGCAUACGCUAUCUGGUCAUCGUGAUGGUGUUAUGACAGUGGAAUGGUCUACUUCAAGUGAAUGGGUUCUGGUUACUGGGGGAUGUGACGGUGCCAUACGGUUUUGGGAUAUCAGGCGUGCUGGAUGUUUUCUUGUUUUGGAUCAGUCCCAGUCUCAGCUUGGCAGACGGCCACCUGUGCUUGCACGAUCUGCCUUGAGUAAGGUUUCAACUUCAAAGGCACUAUCUAAAGGCCAAAAUCUCCUUGGAAAACCAAGGAUGCCUCAAAAGAAAUCUGGUGGUGGGAAUGGAAUAAAGCAUUCACCUCUUGGUCAAGUUCCAGCCAAGGGAUAUCUCAAGCAACGAUUACAUCCAGGGAUGUUGUCAAGUCAGGAUCGUGCCACUGCACAUUAUGGUGCUGUUACUGGUUUAAAAAUAACUGAAGAUGGCAUGUAUCUUCUAAGUGCAGGAUCAGAUUCAAGAAUAAGGUUGUGGGAUGUCGAAUCAGGCCGCAAUACCCUUGUGAACUUUGAAACUGCACGCUUACAAACUAGCAAGCCAAUUCAGUUGGCCACAGCUCAGGAUUCAAAUCUCGUUUUUGUUCCAUGCAUGACCUCUGUGAAAGCAUUUGAUGUUUGGUCGGGUAAGACGUAUGUGACAUUUCGUGGCCAUUACGAGUAUGUGAACUGUUGCUGGUUUAGUUCUCAAGAUCAGGAACUGUACACAGGUGGCAAUGAUAGACAAAUUCUAGUUUGGUCCCCGGCCAGAUUGAUUCCCAACGAGGAUGCAAGUCCAGCUGAGGAUCAAGAUAACUGGAGCGAUUGACAUCUGCUGCUGCAUCGAUUUGUACUGGAUAUCUGACCUUUAUGUAUUUUGCACGUGCCCUAGUUUAUCUUCCUCUAGUGACUUUUCUUUUGUUUCUUUAGUACCUUCUUUAGUGGCUUUGUAUAUUGACUCCCGAGUUAAAAUUGUACAUGAAUUGAGGAACAGUUGAAACAAUAGAAACUUAUACCCUAGUUAUGAGA